AUGCUUCAAAGAUGGUUGUACAAACCAGCUUUAUGGGAAAUGUGAAUGCGAAGGCAUUGUCUUAUUUUGCAAAGACCAUGGCUUUGAGCACUUAGAAAAACAACUUCUAAAGGACAUCGAUGCCUAAGACUAUACUUUAAGCCAGCAGAAGAAAUUAAGCAGCCAAUUAUUGAUAAACUAAUAGCACUCAAAGAAGAUAUCAAAAACUACAAAAUUGACGCACUUAUCAACGCAAAUACAAUUAUCAAGAAUUUUAAAACUACGCUUGGAAGAUAUAUUGAUCAGAUUAAUGAAGUAGAAGCAAGAAUCAAUAAGAUGCUUACAAUUUUAUAUAGUGGAGAAGAGGUUCUUGACAUUGCUAAAGAUGAUGAUAUGGAAAGUGUGCUUAAAUUAAAUGCUUCAGAUGUUCAGUGGAAGAUGAGUGGAUGAGAUAUAAAAGAGUGUUACCUAGACUAUAAAGAUAUCAAUGCAGCAAUUAGUAAAACUUAUGGAAUACCUUUUAAUCCUUUUAUGCAACCUAUAGAAGAUAUCAUUGAAUGAAAUGAACUCUCAUUUUUUAGGCAUAUGCACUUCAAAUUUUGCAACUAUAAACUUAGAUACCUUCCAGAUUUCUUCUACUGCAACUCUUCCAACUCAAGAACCAAUUAUCGGAUACACUACAAGCUGUAUACUUCCUGAUUAUACUUAUUUCUAUUGUUGCAAUUAUAG